AUGGCUAAGUUAAAGAAACUAAAGAACGAAACAAAGGAUGAGAAGGGUGAGAGGAGGAGAGUCAAUAGGGCUGGUGUAAAGGGAUUCGGCGGAAAGAAGAGUCCAGAGGAGAAUGCCAAUAUCUUUACAAAGCUCACAUGGGACUGGGCCAACAGCUUCGUCUGGUUCUGCUUCAGGAACGUCCUGGAGCAUCGUCACAUCUGGAACCUCGCCUCAUACGACACUGCCGACAACCUCACCAAGAGGAUGACUGAGCAGUGGGAGAAGGAGAAGAUCAAGCCAAAGCCAUCAUAUCAAUCAGCUGCCGUUCGUGCAUUCGGACCAUACUUUACAAUAAGUUGGAUAUACUACGCAAUCUACGCUGCAUCACAGUUUGUUGGACCAGAGCUCUUGAAGCGCAUGGUGUCCUUUGUGGUCAGGUCACGUAUGGGUGCAACUGAUGUCGACCCAAACAUGGGCUACUACUACGCCGUUGCCAUGUUUGGUUCUGCAAUGGUCGGUUCCUUCUGUCUAUACCAAGCCAACAUGAUAUCCGCAAGAGUUGGAGACUAUAUGAGAUCAGUUAUCGUCUGUGACGUCUACAAGAAGUCAUUGAAGCUUAGUAACUCUGCACGUUCAAAGACUUCGCCGGGAGAGAUUGUCAAUCUGAUGAGUAACGAUGCUCAGAGAAUGACUGAAGUGUUCCAGCUGGUCAACAACGGUGUGUUUGCGCCGUUCCAGAUCAUCGUCUGUAUCGUGCUGCUCUACAUCUCGAUUGGCUGGCCCACAUUCGUCGGUCUGGCCUUCAUGCUCAUCACCGUGCCAAUCAAUGGUAUUGCCGCAAAGCGUCUGAUUGGCAUUCGUCGCGCACUCAUCAAGUACACCGACGGCCGUGUCAAGACCACCAACGAGAUCCUGCAGGCCAUCAAGAUCAUCAAGCUGUACGCCUGGGAGGACAGCUUUGCCAAGCGUGUCAUGGACCGCCGUGCCGACGAAAUCAAGAUGUUGAUGUCCUUCUCGCACGUGCGUGCCGUACUCAUCUUCUUCGUGGCCUCACUGCCAACCAUCGUGUCCGUGCUGGUCUUCACCACCUACUUCAAGACACAGGACAACCUCGACGCUGGCAACAUCUUUGCCGCUUUGGCCUACCUCAACAUUCUGAGAAUGCCACUCGGUUUCCUGCCCAUCAUCAUUGCCCUUAUGGUGCAGCUCAAGGUCGCCGCACAGAGAGUCACCGACUUCUUGCUGCAGCCCGAGAUGGAGGUCUCUGUUCAGACCGCCGACGACGACAGCAGACCAACAGGCGUUCAUUUGGAGGGCGCCAGCUUCGCCUGGAGCUCCGACAAGGAGGAGUCCUUCAAGCUCAACAACAUCAACCUCAAUGUCACUGGCAAGAGCUUGACCGUCGUGGUCGGCUCAGUCGGCAGUGGCAAGUCCUCACUCAUCCAAGCCGUCCUCGGUGAGAUGGAGAGGACCGCAGGCUCCCAGCACGUCAAGGGCAAGAUCGCCUACGUCGCCCAGCAAGCCUGGAUCAUCAACGCAUCACUCAAGGACAACAUCGUCUUUGGUUCGCCAUACGACGAGGAGCGAUACAACCGCGUCAUUGAAGUGUGCGCACUCCAGCGCGACAUUGAGUUGUUCCCACAGGGUGACAACGUGGAGAUUGGAGAGCGUGGAGUCAACCUUUCCGGAGGUCAGAAGCAGCGUGUGUCAAUCGCCAGAGCCGUCUACAACGACGCCGACAUCUACAUUCUGGACGACCCAUUGUCUGCCGUCGACGCACACGUCGGCAAGCAUCUGUUCCACAAGUGCAUCAACGGAAUGCUCAAGGAGAAGACCGUCAUUCUCGCAGCCAACCAGCUGCAGUACCUGCCAUUCGCCGACGAGGUGUUGGUCAUCACUGACGGCACCAUCACCGAGCGUGGCACCUAUCACCAGAUCAUGGAGUCCAAGCAAACAUUCUCCAAGCAGCUCGAGGACUAUGGAAUUGAGGAGAUGAGCAGCAGCAGCGACUCGGGCGAGGACGGAGUCGAGGAGGAGAUCAUCAUCGAGGAGAAGACCAAGCCCAAGGAGAAGGUCGAGCUCAAGAACACCGACGGCACACUCGUGCAGCAGGAGGAGCGUGAGGAGGGAUCUGUCUCUGUCUGGAUGUACAUCAAGUACUUCACCGCCGGAGGUGGUGCAUUCUUCACAGCGUGCUUCACCCUGUUCCUUCUGGAUAUCGGUUCAUCCACAGUGCUCAACUGGUGGUUGUCCAAGUGGUCCAACGACACCCAGUACGCCAAGUUCACCGGCAAGACCCCAUCGCUCACCAACGAUCAGUACCUCUACAUCUACAUUGGCAUUGGUCUGUUCUCCAUCAUCAUGUCUGGUCUGCGUAACUUUGCCUACUUCACAUACACUGUCAAGGCUGGUCAGGCCCUGCACGACCAGCUGUUCACAUCACUGCUCCGCGCACCAAUGUGGUUCUUCGAUACCACUCCACUCGGACGUAUCCUCAACAGAUUCACUCGUGAUCUGGAUGGUGUCGACAACCUUAUCGCCGCCGCUCUCUCACAGUACAUUGUGUUCUUCCUGUUUGUGUUGGCCACAAUCAUCAUCAUUGCUAUUGUCAUUCCAUUCCUGCUGGUUCCCAUGGCGCCCAUCGUCGUGCUCUUCUAUAUCCUGCAGAGCUUCUACCGUCACACCUCUCGUGAGCUGCAGCGUCUCGAGUCGAUCAGUCGUUCGCCAAUCUUUGCUCACUUCUCUGAGACCCUCAACGGUGUUGCCACCAUCCGUGCCUACAAGACUCAAGAUAGAAACAUUGCUCACAACCACAAGCUGUUGGACGCCAACAACCAGGCCUACCUGACCCUGCAAGCCAUGCAACAAUGGCUCGGAUUGCGUCUCGAUCUUCUCGGAAACUUGAUCAUCUUCUUCACCGCCCUCUUCAUCACUAUCGACAAGAAGACCGUCGACAUUGGAAGCGUUGGUCUUGCCCUGUCCUACGCCCUGUCGAUCACCACCAACUUGAACAGAGCCACUCUGCAAGCCGCCGAUACUGAGACCAAGAUGAACAGUGUCGAGAGAAUCGUCCACUACAUCAAGGGCCCAGUCGAGGCUCAACAGAUCAUCAAGGAGAGCCGCCCAGCCGCCGACUGGCCACAGCACGGCGCCAUCACCUUUGACAACCUGGUGAUGAGAUACCGUGAGGGAUUGGACCCAGUGCUCAAGGGAAUCAGCUGCGAGAUCAAGCCAAAGGAGAAGAUUGGUAUUGUUGGAAGAACCGGUGCUGGCAAGAGUUCAAUCGUGCUUGCACUCUUCCGUUUGAUCGAGGCUUCCGAGGGAAGAAUCUUGAUCGACGGCAAGGACAUCUCCAGCUACGGUCUCAAGGACUUGAGACGCAACCUCUCAAUCAUUCCACAAGAUCCAGUCCUGUUCAGUGGCACACUGCGCGACAACCUCGACCCAUUUAACGAGAGCACCGACGAGGAGCUCUGGGAUUUGCUCGAGAACAUCCAGCUCCACGCCACCGUCAAGAACCUCGAUGGCGGUCUGCUGUGUAAGGUCACUGAGAACGGAGAGAACUGGUCUGUUGGCCAGCGUCAGCUCAUCUGUCUUGGUCGUGCGCUGCUGAGAAAGCCAAAGAUCUUGGUGCUGGACGAGGCCACUGCCAGUGUCGACUCCAACACCGAUGCGUUGAUUCAACAGACUGUGCGUGCCAAGUUCUCCGACUGCACCAUUCUUACAAUUGCUCAUCGUCUCAACACAAUCAUGGACUCCAACCGUAUCAUGGUCUUGGAUGCAGGUCGCAUCUCAGAGUUUGAUACUCCACACAACCUUCUCCAGAACACUGACGGUCUGCUGUCAUGGCUCGUCGACGAGACUGGUCCACAGAACUCACAGGUGCUCAGAAAGAUGGCCAAGGAGGGUGCCUACGCCAUUGCACUGCCAGAGGACGACAUGGCCCACAGCAAGAAGGGCAAGUCAGCAAUGAGCAAGAGCAACGGAGGUGUCAUUGUUAUCCCAGAGGUUCAAUUGACACCAAUCGAUGGAAACAACAACAACACUGAUCAACCAGGUCCAAGGAUUACUUCCAAGCCAGAGGACAACAUCAAGCCAGAGGACAUCAGCAAGCCUGAGGAUAACAAAUCCGAGGACGUCAAGCCAGAGGACACCAAGGUUGAGGAUACCGAUUCCUCCUCCACCUCCUCAUCAUCGACAUCGACCUCAACAAGCGACGAGGAAGAGCAGCCAGAGCUGCAUGUCUAA